AUGUAUUGUGGUAAUUCAUCUUCGGAAAGUCCAAGACAAAAUCGGUUAUUAUUAGAUUUAUUAUGGGAACAAUAUACUGUUAAGUAUGGUAUCGAGUCAUUACCAACAACAAAUAUUAUGCCACGAACACUGUCAAAUGAUAUCGAAUGUCGUAUAACUCAUAUUAAAUCAUUAAUACAAACAUUAAAAGGAAAAAUGGCUAAAACUACUUCUGUGUCUGAACUGAAUAAGCCGGAAAUAGAAUGUGUGGAUACAUUAAUUGAAAAUUCGAAAAAAAUUGAAAAUGAAAUAGAACAUGCGAACUCAUUAGUUGCAAAGUUAGAAAAAAUAAAAGAAAAAACUGAUCAAAUCCCAUCAACAGCUAUUAAUGAUAUUGAUGGCAACAAGUUAAAUGAUUAUUUAAAAGAAUAUGUAAAUCAGCUAACUGGUGACCGUUGUGGUAAUCGAAAGUGUGAACAUUUUAUCUGUAUAUGUGAACAACUUUUAUAUUACAAUCAAGAAGCUGAAUUCAAAAGAUAUUUUCCAGCAUUAAAUAAGAAAAUGAACGAAUGGGAACAUUCAUUUAGAACAGAGGAAAAGUUUCAACCAAAAAUCAUUGAAGGUUUUAAAGCAUGUCAAAAUGAUUUAGGUCGUUAUAUUAUACCAAGUAUACCAUGCAGAGUAGGGGUCAUUGGCCGAACAAGUGCUGGAAAAUCUUCUUUGUCAAAUGGUUUAAGAGGAGUUAAAAAGAAUUAUAAUGAAAAAAUUAAAGCUAAAGAUGAUGAAAAUUCACAAAAAGAAACGACUAGAGAUGAAAUAAUGGCUUCACCAAUGCGCGUUAGAAAAAGUACAUAUUGUCGAUUGGAAUUUGAACAUCAGUAUGAUAAUGGUAGAAAAAUAAUAUUUGUUGAUAUCGAAGGUUCAACCGAUACUGAUUUGAACUCUAAAUUGGCAAAUUAUUUUGAUGAAAUAAGAAAAGCCGAUUGUGAUUUAUAUAUUAUUGUUUUCGAUCAUCAAUUUACAGAUAUUCAACACGAGUGGCAUGAUUAUAUUGUAAAUCAAUUGCAUCGUGAAUGUUGGCUUGUACGAAGCAAAGUAGAUGAAUUAUUUCUCAACUUAUUUAAAGAAGAGGUUGGUCAAGACUUCGAUUCAUCAGAUGAAGUAACCAAAAAUAAAUGUGGAGAGACUAUAAUUGAGCAAAUCCGAGACACUGUUAGCUUAGAUAUCCAUGGAAAAAAACUAUCUAAUGUAUAUUUAACGUUCACUUCAUACGAUGAAAAUAGUCGGAAUGAAAAUUUAUCCAAAAUGUCAUAUUCCAUAUUUGAUCUCGGAAAAUUGAUAAAUGAUAUUAAUAAUUUACCCAUCAGUUUGUAUGAAAAUCGUCUACAAAAAAUGGCUGUGUGUGCUAUAGCUAAAGUCAUUAAUAAUUGCUUCCGACGUGGUUAUGUUGUAAAUGUUAUGAAGUAUAAAAUUGCUGCAGGUAUUACUGCUGUUAUACCAUUUCUUGAUUUAAUUCCAAGGUAUUAUGGACGAGAAGAAAUUCGUCAAGCAUUUGGUGUUAAUACUCGUUCGCGUUUUAUGAACUGGUUGACUGGUGAAACAGAUAAAUUUAAAGAUUAUUUAAAAGAAUUUGAUAUUGCCAUCAAUGAAUCUAGAUUUGGAACAUCAGCUUUCAGUAAAACAUUUCGAAAAAAUGCUGCUAUUACUCAACAAACAGCAAAAGGUUUAACAUCAUUUACUAUAAAAGGUGCAACGACUCUUGGUGUUGCUGGUGUUUCAGUUUCAGAUGAUGUUAUGAGAGCAGUUGGAGUUGGUGCAAUAAAUGCUGUACGUGGUGUGUCUACAUCUUUUAUUGUUGUUGGUGCAGUUCUUACAGUAGGUAUGUGCGCCUGGGCAGCUGUGUCCAAUGGUAAACAAAUGUAUGAUUAUUUGCAUCGAUUAUGUGAUGAUUUAAUAAUUAUUAGUGACCAUGUGACAAUGAAAAUUAUUAAAGAUAAUAAUGAAACACGUAAUUCCUUUUCAGAACCAGAAUAA